UCCAUCAGUAUUAACUCAUCCAUUCAUACACAUUCACACACUGAUGGUAGAGGCUGCUGUGUAAAGAGUCCAUGAGUAUUAACUGAUCCAUUCAUAUACAUUCACAUGCCGCCAACAAAGCAGCGGGAGCAACUUUUGGUUAAGUGUCUUGCCCAGGGUCCCAUUGGACAUGUGGUUGCAGGAGCUGGGGAUCAAACCUCCGACCUUCCAGCUGAGAGACAACAGCCUCUACCACUGAGCCACAGCCGCCCCUGUUCCACUGUCUACAUGCAUGGGCAGGCUCCACCUGAAUAAUCCAGGGGCAGUAUCACGCCAAAGGAGGAUAACCAUCCACAAAACUGACUCUUGUUGGUAUUUCACACAGCUAACCCAUGUAAACAUGUUAGUGUUAAAACAUUAUAUUUGUUCUCCCUGUGAACAGCUGGAGGAGUUUCUGUUAUUAACAGUAGAUAUCAGGGUGUGACCUCUGUAUGUGUCUAAUGUUAGACUUUCUGUUCCGCAAGCACUGAAGUGAGACAGAGUGUGAAAUUAUUCCAAUCACACCCAGAUUAAAGUCAGUUAGGGGUGUCCCCCGGCUCACUGCGUGGCAGAGUCACACGUGCACCACCUGCUCUUAGACUCAGUUUGUAAGACUUCCUGACAGUUUGCUCAUUUCCUCAUUUGUUAUCUAAAAUGCGAGAGGUCUCCCUCACUGACCGAAUGACGUUAUAAGACGUCUACAGGAGACUCAAUGUCUUAGAAAGCCUCCGAUUCUUCAUGUUUUGGUGAAACACUGAGCUCAUGUUUUUGUGCACUCAUCAUCAAAAAAUCGUCAUGACAGAACUGAAAGGAAGUGGUGAAAAUGAAUUGUGGAACAAAUCGAGAUAAAGUAUUGGAGGACAAUUAAGAAUACAACUUUAUAUCUAAAUAUCUUCAGACAGGGGAUGAUGUUUGUAUGCAAAGACUCCUGCACAUCAGCUGCAAACACCUUGUGUGUGUGUGUGUGUGUGUGUGUGUGUGUGUGUGUGUGUGUGUGUGUGUGUGUGUGUGUGUGUAUGUGUGUGUGUGUGUGUGUGGCUGAAGUUUGUCACACCUCACUUACAGACGGCUCUGUGCUGUGACGUCAGCUCUGCCUGGACACACUGCUCCUCCUGACAUGUUUCAGACUCAUCAGACUCAUUAUGACGGAUCUUAAGAGGACUAGAGCUUCAGUGCCUCAUCGGACUUACAAUGUCGGAUGUUAAGUAGGGUAGGCUAGAGCUCCAGUGGCUUUAUCAGACUCAUAAUGUCGGAUCUUAAGAGGACUAGAGCUCCAUCAGGCUCAGACAUGCUUCAUGACGGCUGAGAUGUGUAGGUGAAGUUCAGCAGCAGGUUUUACUGCGAUGUAAGAGACAUGGACCUGUAAGAAGAGACCGUUACCGAUGACUUAUGGCGACCAUGUCCCGAACAUGGACCCUUCUCACUGCUGUGCUGGCAGUGCAGCUGUGCACAGGUCAGAAAGCCUGCUCCAUCUGGUCCAGCGCUGGCUCUGUGGUGCAGCGAGGCUCCUCGUUUACUGUGUAUUGCACCUUUAAGUGCAAUAGUGAAGGAUUCACUCUCAGUAAUCACGUGCCAACACAGCUGGAGUCCAAAACCCUUAACUCAACUACAAUAUACCAUAAGGUGGUGAACAUCACCAAGAACCGAACGUUCAGCUGCCUGGACUCCUGUCCUCUCGCUAACGAGCCGUGUGGGAUGGACAUCAAGGCUGGACUCCUACCAGAGUGCCCCAAAAACAUCUCCUGCAAACACAAUGUCAGAAAUGAUGAAGGCGGAGUGGUGACAUGCACUUGGAACGCGGGACGAGACACUUAUCUGAAGAAUGCUUCAGUGCUGUGGGUGACAACGGUAUCUGGAAACCACACAGCUGGACCAGAGCCGCACAACGGCCUCAGCAGAGGAAGCGAUUUACCCUCUGCUAGUUUCACUGUGUCCAGCUCCGCCUGGCUGAUCUCUGUGUGGGUUCAUGUGGAGAAUAAUCUGAGCAGUGCUACGUCCCUCCCUGUUAACUUCACCCUCAGGGACAUCGCAAUGCCAUCCGCUCCUGAUCUUGGCCAACCCGAGUGUUCUUCCCAAAGGUGCGUCAUCAAAGUGGAGCAGCCUGUGAAGACUCGUUACGUGGAGAUCCAAUACGGAGCAGAGGCACAAACAUGGACUUCUUCUCAAGAAUUUGUGCAGACGGGUCAAGCACAGGUUCAGACCAUCUCCUCUCUGGAGCCCUUCAGGCUGUACCAUUUCAGAGCCAGAUCCAGGUUCAGCACUGGGAUGUGGAGUCCCUGGAGUGGGAACACCUCGGGCAGGACUCAAGAGGAAGCUCCCUCCAGAGCGUUGGAUGUGUGGUCCACUGACGGCCCGUCUGAUGUCCAGUCCCUGAGGUUAUACUGGAAGGAGCUGAAUGUUUCUAUCGCUAGAGGGAAAAUCAUUCAGUACCGCAUCAGCGUCUACGGCCCAGGAUCCCAAACUCCCUCGUUCACCACAAAUGUCAGUGCAGAUACCAGAAACUGUACGGUCUCGUUUUGUGCCGCCUGUGAAGUGAAAGUGUGGGCCUACAACUCCAUAGGACCCUCUCCACCUGCGAGAGUUACAAGCAUGCACACACGAGCCAAGCCCACUCAGGAUGUGAACGUCACCGCAGACAACCAGAGUGUUGCCAUCUCCUGGAGAAACCCAGAAGCUGCACCUGUACCUGCAGAGUAUGUGGUGGAGUGGUACCCUGAGGGCUACAAGCAGGAGGAGCUCCAAUGGGUCCGACUGGGGAGGAACGACAACCACUUUGUUAUAACCGGUAUGAAGCCGGCCAAGUGCUACGAGGGAGCAGUGUAUACUUUCUAUGACAGCUCCAUGGAUCGAACCAGAUUUAGAGCCGUUCUCUUGGAAUCAGUUCCAGCAGCUGGCCCGUCUGUCCAAGAGAAGGUGGAUGGAAACAAAGUGAGGGUGACCUGGGCAGAGAUUGCCAUGGGUCAGCGUGGUGGCUGUAUCACCGAGUACACCGUCUAUUUAGAGAACAGCCGCGGAUAUCGGCAGCGCUAUUCUGUUGAAGCAUCAGAGAGGACACUCACCAUCCACGACCUGUCUCCUGGUGUCUGCAGCCUGUUGAUGACAGCUUCCACUGCUGAAGGGGAAGGCCCUGCAGGUCAAAAGGUCAAGUUCUUCAUUACACAGGAGCCCCAACUCCCCCUGCUGCUCGUGUGUGUGGUCGUCGUCGUGGUCGCGUCCUGCCUGCUGUGUCUGUGGCAUUGUUCGGCUGCAAGGCAGAGGUUCUGCAGGCUUUUCAAGUGUCUCAUGCUGGAAGCUGUUCUCGAUCCCGCCAACAGCAAAUGGGCAAAAGAGUGUACUCAGAAUAAGGGCAAAAUAAACCUCCAGCUGCCACAGAGUCCAUGCAGUCUGACUGAAGAGGAAGAAGAGCCUAUCCUGGUGGAUGUCGAGGAGCUGCCCAAUCAGAGCAAAGCAAUCUGCACGCCUACCUGUGACUCCUCGCGGCGCUCUCCUGAAACGAGCCUGAGCCCCCCGAUGGAGCGGACCACCCUGCAUUACCCUCUGAACUCCUACAUCAAGAGCUUCUCCCAUGACUCAGCCGGCUCCGACCACACGGAGACCUCUCUGGACACACGCUCGACCGUGGAUUACAUCUCGUCGCACGUGCCAGGAGACAUGGACGAAGAGGACGAGGAAGACGAGUUUCCAGAAGUGGACGGCUUCUUCCCCAGUCACAACAUGUUCAUGGCAUCGCUGGAGUUUGGAGGGAAGUUGACUCUGGAUGCAGUCAAAAUCAACUGCACGGACUUCUUUCAGAGCAGCUAGGGGGAACCUGAAACUUCUGCCACUUCUCUGGUGAAAUGAGACCUAAAGAAAGCGCACACGAUGAGACAAUGACACAAUGUGGCGACCCGAUUCUUCCUUCUUCUCUCUCUUGGUUUCUUUUUGGAUCAAAUGUCUCACUAACAAGCCCGUGAACUACCUCCUCGCUCUAUGAAAUUAAUACUGGAACAAAAACUGUCUCAGGGCGCACUCACACUAGCAAAGUUGUCCCUUACCGUGCUUAACCCACGAUCCCCCCCCCUCCAUUCCCCCUCUGGUCUGCACACACACUGCUCCAGGACUUACCGGGCCUGAGCACUGUUACCUCUUAUACAUAACGUUGUAAUACAACACAACACAAUACAACACAUGCAUGGCUUUACAAGAUCAUGAAAAAUGAGAGAGAGAGAGAGAGAGAGAGA